GAUGGAGCGUGUGUCUUUCAGCUGCUGCAGCUCCUUCAGCACCCUGAAAAUACCUCCCUGUCCCAGAGCUGUCGCGCGCUCAGGCCUCGCCAUGCUCCUGCUGCUGGGGCUGUGCCUGGGGCUGCCCCUCUUCUCGGAGUCCCAGGAAGAGGCGCGGAGCUGGGAUGACGCCUCGGAGCAAGUCGCACUCAGGGUCCCCAGGCAACUCAGGCUGUUGCAAAGGCUGAAAGCCAAGCCCUUGAUGACCGAGUUCUCGGUGAAGUCUACCAUCAUCUCUCGCUAUGCCUUCACCACAGUCUCCUGCAGAAUGCUCAACAGAGCUUCUGAGGACCAGGAUGUCGAGUUCCAGAUGCAGAUCCCAGCAGCAGCUUUCAUCACCAACUUCACCAUGCUUAUCGGAGACAAAGUGUAUCAGAGUGAAAUUACAGAGAAAGAAAAGAAAAGCCGUGAUAGGAUAAAGGAAAAAAGAAACAAAACCACAGAUGAUAAUGAGGAGAAGGGGAUGGACACGUUCCAAGCUUCUUUAGUGAUUCCCAGCAAGGACAAAGCCGCGUUCCUCCUCAGUUAUGAAGAGCUUCUGCAGAGAAGGCUGGGGAAAUACGAGCAUAUCAUCAGCGUGCGCCCCCAGCAGCUGGUGGGGAGGCUCACCGUGGAGGUGAAUGUUCUGGAGAGGUCGGGCAUCGCGGCCUUGGAGGUGCUGCCUCUUCACAACAGCAGGAAGAAGGGCAGUGGGGUGGCAGAAGGCGAUACGGGUCCUCCCCCUUCUACUGUUAUCAACCAAAAUGAAACUUUUGCCCAAGUUCUUUUUAAGCCUACUGUGGUCCAACAAGCUAAGAUUGCCCAGAAUGGAAUUUUGGGAGAUUUCAUGAUUCGAUACGAUGUCAAGAGAGACCAGCGUAUUGGUGACAUCCAGGUUCUGAAUGGUUACUUUGUGCACUACUUUGCUCCUAAAGACCUCCCUCCUUUACCCAAGAAUGUGGUUUUCGUGCUUGACAUCAGUGCCUCCAUGGUGGGAGCGAAACUCCAGCAGACCAGGGAAGCCCUCGUCACAAUUCUCAAUGACCUCCGACCCCAGGAUCAUUUCAAUAUCAUUGGGUUUUCCAACCAGAUUAAAGUGUGGAAGGACCACCUGCUACCGGUGACUCCUGAUAACAUCAGGAAUGGCAAGCUCUACAUUUACCACCUGUCACCCACUGGAGGUACAGACAUCAAUGGGGCCCUUCAGACAGCCAUCAAACUGCUCAACAAUUAUGUGACCCAGAACGACAUUGAAGAUCGGAGUGUGUCACUCAUCAUCUUCCUCACGGAUGGAAAACCCACCUUCGGGGAGACCAGUACCCAUAAGAUUCUCAGCAAUACCAAGGAAGCCACUGGAGGUCAGAUCUGCAUCUUCACCAUUGGCAUCGGCAAUGACGUGGACUUCAAACUGUUAGAGAAACUUUCACUGGAGAACUGUGGUCUUACACGGCGCGUUCAGGAGGAGGAGAAGGCUGGAGCACGGCUCAUCGGGUUCUAUGAUGAAAUCCGGACCCCACUUCUCUCUGAUAUUCGCAUAGAUUAUCCUCCUGACGUAGUAGAGCACGCCACCAAAACUCUGUUUCCCAACUACUUCAAUGGCUCUGAGAUCGUCAUUGCCGGGAAGAUGGUAGACAGGAAAUUUGAUCAGUUCCACGUGGAGGUCACUGCCAGCAACAGUAAGAAAUUUGUCAUCCUGAAAAAAGACAUCCCCGUGGAGUCCCAGAAGCUGGGAAAUGAUGUCACGGUCACCCCUGGGCCUGCCAGUGAUGGUGAGGAGGACCCCAACCACAUUGAGCGUCUUUGGAGCUACCUCACUGUGAAGGAACUGCUGAGCUCCUGGGUGCAGAGCAGCAGUGAGCAAGAGAAGGAGCAGCUGAGACAGAAGGCCCAGGCUUUAGCCUUGAACUACCACUUCCUCACCCCCUUCACGUCCAUGAAGCUGAAGAAGCCAGGGCUCCACCCAGACAGGCUGGAGGACACCCGCGGCAUGUCUGCAGCCACGGGACCCGAGACAGUGGUACAGAGCCUGCGAGGAGGAGCCGACGUGCAGCCAGGACCUGCUCUCAAGAAACCAUAUGGGCCAAGAAUUAAAAUCUCUAAAACAUCAGUGGAUGGUGAUCCCCAUUUUGUUGUGGAUUUCCCCUUAAGCAAACUCACUGUCUGCUUUAACAUUGAUGGAGAGCCUGGGGACAUCCUACGGUUGGUCUCUGAUCACCUGGACUCUGGGGUGACCGUGAACGGAGAGCUUAUUGGGGCCCCAGCACCUCCAAAUGGUCAUAAGAAACAGCGCACCUACUUCCGGACCAUCACCAUCCUCAUCAACCGGCCAGAGAGAUCUUACCUCGAGAUCACACCCACCAGGGUCAUCCUGGAUGGCGGAGACAGGCUGGUCCUCCCCUGCAACCAGAGUGUGGUGGUGGGGAGUCGGGGACUGGAGGUGUCGGUGUCUGCCAAUGCCAACGUCACUGUCACCAUCCAGGGUACCAUUACCUUCGUCAUCCUCAUUCACCUGUACAAAAAGCCAGCACCCUUCCAGCGAAACCACCUGGGCUUCUAUAUUGCCAACAGCAAAGGCCUCUCCAGCAAUUGCCACGGCCUGUUAGGUCAGUUCCUGAACCAGGAUGCCAAACUCAUCGAGGACCCUCCUGCAGUAAACGGCAAGAAUCUUAGUAAUCAGCCGUUUCCUCAGACAGAAGGGGUACCCGAGGCUAUCAUAAAGGUGAAAGGGCGCCGAGUUCCAGUGGUCUGGAAACAAAGGAAGAUUUAUAAUGGGCAAGAGCAGGUGGACUGCUGGUUUGAUAGAAACAAUGCCGCCAAGCUGAUUGACGGGGUGUAUAAGGACUACCUGGCAUCUCAUCCAUUUGACACGGAGAAUACACUGGGCCUGAGGAUGUCCAGGAGAGCUGAGACUGGCAGUCUUCCUGAGAAGACUAACAGGGAAGCAACUGCGGGUCUACUCUGAAUGCAGCUCUUCUUGUUACCUGUGCCUACCUUGGCUCUUGCUGUGAGCUGCACUGUGUAGCCUGCCCCCUGGUGGAGUGGAGGUCCAAUGUCUGCUAGAGCAAUGAGUCAGGGCAGGAAGCUGGAUUGAAAAUACUGCGUUCUUCUUCCCGUUCCCACCUUCCGCAUCCCAUCUCUACUAGACAAAAAUGGUAGCACCAAGAGGAGAGGAGAUCUAACUAAGGAAAAUUGUGCGGCACCUGGCUUGACCACCCCUUAGUCUACUGUAAAGUAACCCUCUCUGACAAAGCAAGGUUGCCAUGGAAUUUGUUUUCUCUGUAACAGUGUCCGAGUGUGGGCACUCUGCUUUUUGUCUUUUAUUCAUGCUUAGGAAUCUCUCUUUUCAGUUGCCUUCUUCAUUCAGAUGGUGCUCUUAACUUCUUCUCUCAAGGUUAUUUACAUCGGGGCCAGGCCACCCAUCCUGCAAAGCAGUAGUCCACACAUUGGAUCACUUUAAAUGACUAAGUCUUUUCUUAGCAUUUUUCUGCUCUGGAAUCUUGCCUUUAAAAAUUAGUUUUCGCCGGGCGGUGGUGGCGCACGCCUUUAAUCCCAGCACUCGGGAGGCAGAGCCAGGCGGAUCUCUGUGAGUUCGAGGCCAGCCUGGACUACCAAGUGAGUUCCAGGAAAGGCGCAAAGCUACACAGAGAAACCCUGUCUCAAAAGAAAAAAAAAAUAGUUUUCAUUGUAAAAAUUUGGUUGAAAAAUAGAAAAAUUAAUAUCCCAGAUACGGAUCUCUUUCUGAUUGGCUUUACAGGCCACUUGACCUUGCUGGUGGGUGUUUUAUUUCAAUAUGCUAAGUGCUUUUAAUAAAUAGGAAAACUCCCUGUGGAUGGUCUUUACUGGCCUGUCUUGGUGCUAGAGAGCCAGCUAGUUGAAAGCUAAAUCUUUUACUCAGAGCGCUUCGGCUUUUGCUGUUAGUCCAACACCUUCUGGUUUUGCCUUUGGAUGUCCAGGAAAUAGUAAAUUACAUGAGAACAGUGCUGGCAUAAGAGAGAGACCUAGCCUAGAGUGAGCUGCUCAGCCUACCUGUGGGAAGAACCAACUUUUACAUUCUCAGAAGGAAGUGGAUUCAUGCCUGCACACAUGGCUGAUACACCAUCAGGCUGCAGCAUUGGCAGCCUGCGGAAGACAGGGCCCACCAGUAUUCCUUCCAUGAUAGGGGAGGGGUCAUGAAGCCCCGCUCCUGCCUAAAGAGCUAUGGGAAGUUAGUAAUUGCCUAAGAAAGGGGUGUCGUGUUCCUCGGUUGUAAUAUCUGCUGGUACGUUGCCCUGGCUCAAGAAAAUAACCCCCAAUUUACAGCAAGCAACCCUAAUUGAAUACAGUAAAUCACAUACACAUUAGAGACAGGAAAGUGGGAGGGGACUCAUGGGGCUGAAGGAAGCCAUAGGAGAAGAUCGUGGGAGGUUGUGGAGUGGGAACAAAGAACACUAGUUAGGGAUAUGCCUGAAAUUGUGAAUGAAUGCACUAAAUAAAAGAAAAUCUAAGAAGACAUUUCCACAUCUCAGAUGGGCACAGGCUAUGAGGUCAGUGUGAGUUUUAGUUGUAGUACUUAGAUGAAUCUAUCCCCCUAAGGAAAAGGUUACCAUCAGAGGAGGCUUCAAAAGAUUAGCAAGUGUGACUUCAUUGUGACUCUCUCCAUCAAGCCUAUCCAUCUCAUCCAAGAGCAAGGAAGACGCGGGAGAGCCUGGAGCCUCAUUCUUACACUCUGUGACAUUCUUCACAGUGCUUGGGCUUCUCAGGUCUGGCGUGUGAGGGGCCUGCAUGGAAACAGGUAAACAGGAAGUGAUGGCAACGAACUACGGAGAAAGGGAAACAACCAUGCUUGAGGGAAAUGGAGUGAAAGGCUUCUUUGCUGUCCCCACAUAAGGUUUCUUCCAUCAGGCACCAGGCCAAAGCGACCUCUGCGGUGAAACGGCAAGGCUGCUUGGCACUUGGAGAAAAAUUGGCAUCAAGAAAAUUGUUUUCCUUCCUGUGGGAAGCAUUUGAGCAGCACAAUGACAUCCACAUGUUCCUGUCUGACCCAGCAGCCUCAAGAGCCAGCUAGGGCUGCGUGAGUCUUUUUCUCUGUGAACCCACCAGGCCACAGCCGGUCAGCUGUGCUAUUUAUCUGACUCCCCAUGUUCCCAGACUCAUCUGUCCGUUUUCAGGCCAGGAGUGCAAAGAUGAGCAACCCAUAUGGCUGCCAGAUGUUUCCAUCUUUUCAGGCUUAGAGAAAGAGAGGAUCUCAGCCAGGCCUAACCAAUGCUGGUCCCAUGCGUGUUCCAGAGACCUUCCUAUUACAUAAAUCCCAGCUGGAGAGACAACUCUGGAGCCGUGGGUGGAGGGUGAGGGUGGAGGAUGGGGGGGUGGAGUGAGAGGGAGAGGGGCAGCCCACCAGCCCUCUGGGUUACACUCAGAGCUACGAUAUGGGUAUGUUGUUCUCGAUGUUGGCUUCACCGCCAACAGAAGGAUAUCAUUAGGUGAGAGCAGUUUCUACUGUUUUCUGUUGUCGAAGAGCAGACGAGCACAAGAGAUACCAGUGAGAUACCCAUUACUCACUCUCCUUUCUAGCAAAGAAAUCAAUUUAAAAGGUGACAGAUUUUUCUUAACUUUGGACAGAUAUUCCACAGCAGUGUUCUCUCUCUCUCUCUCUCUCUCUCUCUCUCUCUCUCUCUCUCUCUCUCUCUCUCUCUCUCUCUCUCUCUCUGCAAAAAGCAUGUACUAUUCAGUGAUCUAAAUUAUCCGAUAUAGUUUGAAGUUCUACCUGGCACCCCAAACCACAUACCAACAGGAAAGUUUUCGUUUGACUGGGUGUGUGUGUUGUGGGUAGAAACAUCAAGGACCUGCAAAGGAAAGGACUGUGUUUUCAAAAGGGGAAACAGAGGCAGCUGAGGCACUUCCUUCAAGUUAUAUAGAAGACAUAAAGCAGGGGUAGCGCUGAACCUGCAGAGUUCACGUGUUAGGUUUGAUGGUUUUUCACCGUCUGGUUAAUCAUUAUUUUCCUUGAACAUUUUGUAAAAGAUAAAGUGGGAGGUUACUAAAUAAGCAGUCGACUGGGCUGGAGAAAAAUGUUGAAGUUAAAUGAGAUAAAUCAAGUUGUUAUUGCAGUAGCUAGUGCUGGUGAGUCAGUGAACUGAAAUGUUGAACAAAGUCACGCUCUGGCUUCCAGUCCCCCCCCCCCUUUUUGUGAAGAAAGGCGUAGAAAUGGGUCAUUUUAAAGAAUCUUCGCAUUAAAAUUUUAUAUGAAAUGAUCUGAAUGCCCCCUCUCUACCCUUGCCAUGGAGGUUGAGGAUGUUCGGCAGGAUGAAAUAUCAUGACAUCCCUUGUGGGCCCAAAAGCCACCCUGAAGAUGCAGAAAGCUGGGAAUUGGGAACAACAGCUCAUGGUUAUUAUCAGAAGUCAUAGUCAAUAUUUACCUGGAACUCGGGAGGCAGAGGCAGGCAGAUCUCUGAGUUAGAGGCCAGCCUGGUCUACAUAGUGAGUUCUAGGAUAGCUGGGGCUAUGUAGAAACCCUGUCUCAAAAACUUUGUGUGUGUGUGUGUGUGUGUGUGUGUGUGUAUGUGUGUGUGUGUUUUAACCUGAACUGUGUGUCCUCACAGAUGGAUAAGAGCAGGGUUCUUUCUUUGGAUAAUGAAUGCUGUGGAUUGAAAGCAUCCUUCCAAAAUCCACAUGCUUAAGUAUAAACCCCUGCUGUGAUGGUCAAUACAGGUGGAAUAUUUCAGAAGUGAUCAUCUCCUGAGAAUAAAGGCCUUAUGAUUGGUUUAGAGUGUUCUUGAGUACAUACAUACACAGGAGGACCUGGUGGGAGAGAGGGGUUGGAUGGGAUGGAAAUGAUGUAAAUACAGUACUCACGUAUGACAUUCUCAAAAAAUUUUCGUUAAAAAUAAAGUUAAAAAUAAAGGGACUCAGUUGGUAAAGUGGUCACCUUGCAAGCACAAGAAACUGAGUUCAAUCACCAGAACUCAAAAAAAGUAGGCAUGGGAUGCCCACUCUCGAUCCCAGUACUGGGGAGGCUGAGACAGGCAGCUCCCUGAGGCUUGCUGGCCAGUCAGUCUCGUGGUCUUGGUGAAUUCUGAGCCAGUGAGAGAAUCUGCUUGAAAAGAAAAAGAAGAUGGCAUCUGCGGAAUAGAAACAAGGGUUGUCUUCUGUCUUCCACAUGUGAAGCACCUACACAUAAGAACACACACACACAAAAGACAGAAGAGGCAUGAAGUUACUUCUCCUUUUAUAUAAAAAUAUAACACAAGGGUAGCCAUGCAGAAGCCAGGAACCACACCAGAUACCAAAUCUGUGCCUUGAUCCAGAUCUUCUCACUCUCCAAACCUGUACACAAUAAAUGCCUUCUGUUUAAACCACCCAAUUUAUAGCAUUCUUCAUAUAGCAGCCCAGGCUCACAAAGACAAUAAAGCAUCCAAACUACACGUUUUCACCUUUAUUCAGGCUACCUAGAAUGCACAAAAGCAAUGCUGUUGUUAAAAAUCUGAAAGACUCCUGGAAGCAUAAGGACGUGAUCCAGCUAAAAUAAACAGCAAUUACAAUAACACAGCUAACCAAAUACUUAGAGAUGCAAUGUUAAAUAUUUAUUUUAGCCCGUUUUAAAUAAGUAGGGUACAGAUUGUUCACAUCUCAAGAGACUUUGUUUCUUAAAAGCUUGUAAGAAAAUGAUGUCUAAAAACAAACAGCAUCGUAUGUUUAUUUUUUAAGGGAAAAUGGAAUCAGGGCUACUGAGAAUAAAACUUGAUAAUUCUAAGCGCACUGCUUGUUUGUAGAAAUUUCUGCACUACAGUCCUGAACCUAAGUAUUCUUGUGUCAAUGAUGAGCCAUAUAUAUGACAGUGGUCCUGUAAAAUUAUAGUAGAGUUGAAAAUUCUAUUGCUCAGUAUUGUUACUGUAUUUUUAAUCUCUAGAUGUGUUCAUAUGCACAAAUAUUUACCACUGUGUUAUAGUUGCUGAAAGGAUUUAUAGUCACAACUAUACAUGUUUGUAUUCCAGAAGCAUUAAGUUAUGCCAUGUAGCAUUGGUGAAUAAUAAAUAAUGCCAUCUA